AUGUCUGGAUCCCUUGCUGCAAAUGAUUUGCGCGGAGCUGGAACCGAUGCCAAAAGGGUUUACAACCAGAAGGCGAAAUGGGCAUAUGGUGGCCGAUCCGCUCUCCCUCGUCGGGAGGUUUCUGAAGUAUACCCGGUGACCCGUCCUGCGGUGCCUUCGACUCAUUAUAUGAAGUACGUUCAUUCUCUGUUCCGAAAUGGCAAAGCCAUGAAUAAAGCUCAUCAUACUGACUCAUAUCAUAGCCUCCACCGGGCCCUACAGCACGAUCGGAAGGCCAAGACCAAUCAACUCGCCACCUCGGCCAAGAUCGACCUCCGAUACGAUAUCCGAGAGGCCCUUGAUAGCGGCCCCUCGGACUCCUCCAGUGGCGAAGACAUCGAUGACCCCGCAUCAGCGCCGACUGUCGCAGCGGAGCCGGACGAUGAGGCCAACGCUACGGUCGAGCACUACGAAGUUGCCGGUCAAACGAUCCUCUCGGACGCAGUGAACAAGGCCGUGGAACGGUUCGAGACGAAGGAGACCGAGAAACUUGUCAAGGAGUACGAGAUAGUGUCGCAUGAGCAUGAAACCACUGGUGGCUAUCUGGCCGACGACGACUUUGAGCUGGUGGACCGUGUUCGUUUGUAA